GGUAUAUGUAUAUUGAAUGCAUGCGUGCUACGACUAGCGACCGGAACGAGUGCAUCGAAACCCUUCUGCAUGGAGUUGCACCGAUUGCUCGUUUCAAGGGCUUGGGCACAUCCAAGCUUAUAAACUGAACGCAAUGCACUUGUCAAUUUGGACGUCCUUUGCGUUCUAUGCUCUAGCGACCCUCCUGCAAUGCUGCCAACGAGCUGCUAGCGGAAGCGACAUCCCACCACCGUAUCGUGUUCACGCGUUCUACUAUCUAUGGUAUGGCGAGCCCAGCACGGGCACCUGGGCUCACUGGGAUCAUGAGGUGCUGUCCCAUUGGGACCCCAAUGUGGCUGCGCAGUACCCCCAAGGCAUGCGCUUCGAGCCUCCUGACUGCCUGCACAGCCCCUUCUACCCGCUGCGGGGGCCCUACUCCUCCGCCAGCACCGACCUCAUCCGGCAGCACCUGCGGGAGAUGGAGGCGUACGGCAUAGGCGUGCUGGUUGCGUCCUGGUGGGGCCCUUCCUGGCGGCAGGGCAGCCAUGACACGCAGCGGAUCAACACCGAUGAUCGCAUAGCAAAGGUGAUCCGGGAGAUUGAGGUUACAGGCAGCCCAGUUCGUGUUGCCUUCCAUUUAGAGCCGUACGAAGGCCGAACAAAGGAAACGGUGCAUGCCGACCUGUCGUACCUCUCGUCUAGGUACGGACAGUCGUCUGCCGUGCUACGCAUAAACGGUCGGCCGGCGUACUAUGUGUACGACUCGUACCGGUUACCAGCAAGCGACUGGGCGCAGCUGCUGCUGCCCGGGGCUGGGCCGUUGAGUGUAAGGGGUACGCCAGCCGAUGGUUUCUUCCUCGGCCUUUGGUUGAAUAAGAACGAUGGAGACGAUAACAUUCUACCGGGCGGUUUCGAGGGAUUCUACACCUAUUUCAGCAGUGAGCAAGUGUCGUACGGGAGCAACCCCCAGCACUGGCCCGCAAUGCAAAUGUGGGCGACGCGGCACGGUCGCAUCUUCGUCCCCAGCAUUGGCCCCGGAUACAAUGAUGGCAAGAUUCGGCCGUGGAACCUGCAGGCGACAAGAACACGGGAUGACGGUGACAGGUACCGUCGGCUGUGGGAUAUCGCCAUCGCGCUGGGGGUCCCCUUCGUCUCCAUCACCAGCUACAACGAGUGGGGCGAGGGCACGCAGAUCGAGCCCGCCGUACCGCGCCUGCCGCGUCAGGAGUGCGCCUACCUGGACUAUGAGCCACAGGGCGCCUACCUGUACUUAGAGAUCACACGGAAUGGGACGCAGCGGUUGGCAGAGAGGUUGGCACCGGGCAGCGGCGAAGGCGAAGGCACGGAGGGCGGCGGGGUGGCUGAGGAGAUGCAGGUGGAAGGAAAUGGAGGUGGUGGUGGUAAUGAUGGCGGUGGUGGUGAUACCGGGCGUGGUGAGGCCGAGGGCAGUGAGGGUGGUGCUGCUGCUGCGAUGUGUGACAGCACUGAGGGUUCAGGAAGGGAAGGCGGCAAGGGUGAGGGCAAAGAGAGGCCGGGGUCUUCGUAGUUGAAAUGCUUGAGGAGUGCUUGUGAGGAGAGCCAGAGCCGUGAGCGCGAAGGUGGGUUUGUCGAGAUGGGCGGCUACCGGUGCAGCGCUCAUCACGACACACGCAUGAGGGAAUGCGAUGAGGGCAGCGCAUGAACAGCAGCGAGACCCGUGUCACUACCGUAGCGGGUGAAAUAGGGGACAGGAACACUGCCGGCUCUUCCCCCAAUACACACAUGCAACCAGAGCGGGGGCUCCCGGCGUCGAGUUGGUCAGCGGGCUUUAGUUCUCGGUAGUAUUUUAGUUUUCCGACAACCAUCAGCAUCCCCGACAUGCGUCGUCACUCGUCACCCGCCACUCUUCUUACAUCCAGCAACAGCUAAUUAAGCAGCUUUUGAAUUACGGUUCAGGUUUGGUCACCUCUGUUUUUGCCUGUACUCGCGGUUCACAUGCGAACCUCUCCCAAUUGCUUGCUCUUGUCCUACUCAACUACAC